AUGCCCUCAUGGGGAAGACCACCGGGGGCACGAACGGGGAGAAAUACUAGGGGACGCGCGGCUUGGGAGGAGACACGGCUGGAGGAGGUGGAUAGUGAGGAGGAUGCAUACGGGCGGGAGCUGGUGCGGAGCAGUCGAUACAAGCAGGAGUAUGGAGGACGAGGGCCGCGGAGGCGACCUGUGGAUUAUGAGGAUCUGACGGAUGAAUCUGAAUCAGUUGAUGGGGGAGAAUACGAUCUAUACGACCAUGAGGAUAGCACGGUCGCCUAUGCGAUUCAACUGGCCAUGCGGGACAAGGAAGAUCAAUUGGUGGACACAGCGCUCGAGCGAAUUCGCCGUGCCCAAGUUCUGGGAAAGAAGAACGUUCGGCUGUCGAAACGCGAACUGGAUGCCUUGGAGCGCAAGCGCCAGCAGUCGGACGGUUCGAGCGGAAGCCGGCGCCCUUCGGUCAACUCUGUCAAGACGACGUCGCGCCCAUCGUCCCGACGGAGCGCUGUUGUUGCACCCGAGCAGCAGUCCGGCCCGUAUCCGACCUUUGCGCCUGAUGCACAUAGCAUCUGGGCUCGUGGGACGGCUGCCAAUGGCCGGCCGACCAGCUCAUCUUCUGCUGCCCGUCCCCGGACUCCAACGACCCAAUCUCUUCGUCCCCAGCAGUCCAAUUCACCUCUUCGACCUCCCUACCCACCAUAUACCCCCGAGCGAUUUGCCCCCAAUGGCCGACCACAGUCCAUGCAACAAGCGCCUGUGUUCCAACGGCCACUGCCAGACGAUCCUCAAUGGGCCCCACCCUACUACAACACCAUGCAGAUGAGUCCAUACGGGGAGCCUGUGCCACACCAACCGGUUCCCACCGAUGUUCGGGCCGGACAGCCAAAUCGAAUGAGUUACCCUUCAACCACUCCAUACCCAGCUUAUCAAUCCCAAUCUCCGGGCAAACGCCCACCGCAAGCGACCCCGCAGACCCGGGGCAGCCUAGCUCCAGCUCCAGCUCUAGCUCCAUCUAAGUUGGGGGCGGAGGAAUCCAGUGAAGAGUCGGAGAGCAGCGAAGAGGAUGAAGUGCAGAUUGUCAAGGUGGCCAAGGUGGCUGAGCGCAAGGCCCCGCCAGUUGCUGCUGCGCAGAGGCGGCCCGUUACUGGAACCACACGUAAACGGACCAGUCGAUGA